AUGGCACCAACUCCAAAAUUCGGACCAAAACGUAUUCCAAGCUUGUCUGCAGCGUCGUGCUCGGUGAAAAAAGUCACAGUCCCCUCCACAUCCACACAACAAAACCUGAACGGUCAAGAGCGUGUGGAACUCCGAAAACUCGAGAAAAUGUUGCCGGUUAGCCCAAAGAAUAGUGAUCCAACCGACGUUGUGCUUCGUGCCGCUUCUUAUAUCGACCAGCUCGUGGCGACAGUGCAAGCGAGAGUGAAAAAUGGAACACUUCCUAUUGAAGCCCUUGACUCCCUUCCACCUCUCUACUCCACCUGCAUCAAAUCUUCCAUCGCCAGACAUGCAGUAACCGGCAAGAAAACAAAGAGAAACAUGGAAAAGAAGCGAUAA